GCGCUAAUCAAGUCCUGCCACAACAAGUUGAAGAGAUGACGCGUGCAGUUUGAUGUUUGUCUGUGGGCAAAAUGUCGGCGCACGACGAACUCGUUCAGUGUCUGUGCUUCCUGUGGAAGGUGCUCUUCCAUGUACUGUUUGUAUGUCUGCUUCUGAUUGCCGUGUUGGUCCUGCUGAUGCUGGCAGUGCGUCUGUGGCUGAAAGGGAAAAGGAACAGUCGAUACGCAAGGACCAGACGUCACGCAGUGGCCUUCUUCCACCCCUACUGUAACGCUGGCGGUGGGGGAGAGAGGGUGCUCUGGUGUGCGAUCAGGGCUCUGCAGCGAAGGUACCCAGAUGUCGACAUUGUGGUCUACACAGGCGACCUGGGCGUUUCGGCCCACGAGAUUGUGGAUGGGGCACGGCGCCGAUUCAACAUCGUGCUUCCUCGGCCGAUUCACUUUGUGUUCCUGAGGCUGAGACUUCUUGUAGAGCCCAGUCUGUUCCCUCACUUCACCCUGUUCGGUCAAAGCAUCGGCUCCAUCUUCUUGGGAUGGGAGGCGCUCACAGAAUUUGUCCCUGACAUUUACAUCGACUCAAUGGGAUACGCUUUCACUCUGCCACUUUUCCGCUUCCUGGGAGGAUGCAGCGUAUGUGCUUAUGUCCACUACCCCACCAUCAGCACUGACAUGCUGUCGGUGGUGAGAGAAAGGAACCCCAGGUUCAACAACCCAGGUUACAUAUCUGACAGUCUGUUCCUGAGCGCCGUCAAAGUCGUCUACUACUGCCUGUUUAGUCUACUCUAUGGCAUGGCCGGCUCCUGCAGUGACCUCAUUAUGGUCAACUCCUCCUGGACGCUUGAGCACAUUCUGUCACUCUGGCAGGCCUCGAACCGCACGAGCGUGGUCUACCCACCCUGCGACGUCAGCGCAUUCCUGGACAUCCCUCUAGAGGAGGACGAGGAGCAAAAAUGCCACUCGAUCAUCUCUAUCGGGCAGUUCCGGCCUGAGAAGGAUCACCAGUUGCAGAUCAAAGCUUUCAAGAAGGUGUUGGAUCGGCGAAGGGAAGCCGCAGUGGGGAGGGAGACUUUGAAGCUGAUCCUGAUUGGAGGAUGCAGGAAUCAUGAGGACGAGGACAGGGUACUGAUGCUGCGGGGGCUGUGCCAGGAACUGGGUGUGGCCGACAGGGUGGAGUUUAAAUUGAACAUCCCCUUUGCGGAGUUAAAAAAAGAAUUGGACGGGGCCACGAUUGGACUGCACACCAUGUGGAAUGAGCACUUUGGAAUUGGUGUUGUGGAGUGCAUGGCGGCAGGCAAAGUGAUCCUUGCCCACAGGUCCGGUGGUCCCAAGCUUGAUAUCGUGGUGCCUUUCGAGGGAGGCCAGACGGGCUAUCUUGCCGGUGACGAGGACAGCUAUGCUGAAGCCAUCGAGGAGAUCCUAAGUCUGGAGCCCUCUACCCGCCUGCAGAUACGACGCAAUGCUCGCCAGUCAGUGGCUCGCUUCUCAGAUCAAGAGUUUGAAGCAUCUCUGCUGGCCGUUUUGGAAGUGCUGAUGGGGACGCUUGAGUGAUGAAAAGGACUGCAUGUUUUGGACUGUAUAGAUGCAAUUUGCGACUGGAGACUUUGCAACUUUUGCACUUGGGGACAUUUACGGGACAUUCCGAAAGCCUUGUGUUCCAACAUUUGUUAUUUGUAUUAUUCUUAUUUAUCACAGUUCCAUCCCUACAGUGACGGCUUAACUCAAUACAAGAGUAAACGUAUAAUUGAUGUACAUAUUUAAAGACCUAUUAGACAUAAAUCUCAGUUCAGGGAGCACAGGAGGCGUUGCGAAAGGGAUGGAUGGAUCCAAGCAGUCUUUUUGUCAAACAUAAAUAAAAGAAUACAAUGAUUUGCCAAUCAUGAUCAAUCUUACUUUAAGUGAUUACAGUACAAAAGCAACAUAUUUAAUAUUCAAUCUGAUACACUAUUGUUUUAGCAAAUACAUCUUGCAAUGCACAAAUAAGUAGUUUGUGUGCACAAAAUCGUUUAGUUUUUUUUUUUUCAAAUGUCCUAUCUGGGGCUGCAUCGUGUUGCUUUUGAUUCUUUGACUUUAAAGUUCUU